AACACCUCAAGAAACCCCAGCGGAGAUCCACAGGAAGAAACCUCACCACUGCUCUGACUGUGGGAAGAGUUUCACCUCUUCAACAGAACUUAAAAUACACCACAGAAUCCAUACAGGAGAGAAACCUUAUAGCUGCACUGACUGUUUGAAGAGAUUUUCUCAACUAGGGAACCUGACAAAACACCAGUUGACACACACAGGAGAGAAGCCUUACCACUGCUCUGACUGUGAGAGGACCUUUUCAACAUCACAGCGUUUAAAGCUGCACCAGCGAACGCACACUGGAGAGAAGCCUCACCACUGCUCAGACUGUGGGAAAAGCUUAACCUCCUCAAGUGAACUGAUUAUACACCAGAGAACACAUACAGGAGAGAGGCCAUAUGGCUGUGAUCAAUGCGGGAAGCGAUUCACUCAGUCAUCAAACCUGACUGUCCACAAGAGAAUACACACUGGAGAGAAGCCUUAUCGCUGCUCCAACUGUGGAUUGAGCUUUACUACCUCAAGCUAUCUGAUAACACACCAGAGAACACAUACAGGAGAGAAGCCUUAUAGCUGUGAUCAAUGUGGGAAGAGUUUUACUCAGCCAAGUCACCUGAUUGUACACCAGAGAAUACACACCGGAGAAAAACCUUACCACUGCUCCGACUGUGGGAAGGGUUUUGUUAGAUCAUCACAUUUAAAAUCUCACCAGAGAACACACACAGGAGAGAAGCCUCACCACUGCUCUGAAUGUGGGAAGAGUUUUGCUUUAUUAGACAUACUGAUAGUACAUCAGAGAACCCACACUGGUGAAAAGCCUUACCACUGCCCAGACUGUGGGAAGAGAUGUACUACCUCAAGUAACCUGAUAUCACACAAGAGAACCCACACCGGAGAGAAACCUUACCACUGCUCUGACUGCGGGACGAGUUGUUCUACCUCAAGCAACCUGGCAGUACACCAGAGAAUACACACUGGAGAGAAGCCUUAUGGCUGUGAUCAGUGUGACAAGAGAUACUCUCAUUCAAGUUCUCUGAUUAAACAUCAGAAAAUACACUCAGGAGAUCCACAGAGUGUAGAAUGACCUCCGCCAAGAC